CGCUUUAUAUUUUCCUUCUUUUUAAAACAUGGUACAAUCCGAACUGUAUCGUUACCAAGAUGGCAGCUUCGUUAGAAGACGAAUUUGAAGAUGCACCUGAUGUAGAGCCUCUAGAGCCGACGUUAAAAAACAUAAUAGAGCAAAAAUCACUGAAGUGGAUUUUUGUAGGUGGGAAAGGAGGCGUUGGGAAAACGACAUGCAGCUGCAGUUUGGCCGUGCAGUUAUCCACGGUCAGGGAGAGCGUCCUCAUCAUCUCCACUGACCCGGCACACAACAUCUCAGACGCCUUCGACCAGAAGUUCUCCAAAGUUCCCACCAAAGUGAAGGGCUACGAUAACCUCUUUGCUAUGGAGAUUGACCCGAGUCUGGGUGUGGCUGAGCUACCAGAUGAGUUCUUUGAAGAGGACAACAUGCUGAGUAUGGGCAAGAAGAUGAUGCAGGAGGCCAUGAGCGCUUUCCCUGGUAUUGAUGAGGCCAUGAGCUACGCCGAGGUCAUGAGGUUAGUAAAAGGCAUGAACUUCUCCGUGGUGGUUUUUGACACAGCACCUACAGGCCACACGCUGCGGCUGCUCAACUUCCCCACCAUCGUGGAGCGAGGCCUGGGUCGCCUCAUGCAGAUCAAGAACCAAAUCAGCCCCUUCAUCUCUCAGAUGUGUAACAUGCUGGGGCUGGGUGAUAUGAACGCAGAUCAGCUGGCGUCCAAGCUGGAGGAGACACUUCCUGUCAUCCGCUCCGUCAGCGAGCAGUUUAAAGACCCGGAGCAGACGACGUUCAUCUGUGUGUGCAUCGCCGAGUUCCUGUCCCUGUACGAGACGGAGCGUCUGAUCCAGGAGCUGGCCAAGUGCCGCAUCGACACACACAACAUCAUCGUCAACCAGCUGGUGUUUCCUGAUGCCGAGAGACCCUGCAAGAUGUGUGAGGCCAGACACAAGAUCCAGUCCAAGUACCUCGACCAGAUGGAGGACCUGUAUGAGGAUUUCCACAUCGUCAAACUGCCUCUACUGCCUCACGAGGUACGAGGAGCAGACAAAGUCAACACGUUUUCCAAACUACUCCUGGAGCCCUAUAAUCCCCCCAACAAGUGACUUACCUUACCUGAAACACACACACACAUCUACACAACCACAUUCUGCUCCUCACUGGUCCAUUAACCCUCUCAGUCCCCACAGCAACACAUCUUCGUCAACAUGCUCAUAAUCAACAGAUCUGGAAAGAUUUAUAGUGAAAAAGGAUCGCAACACUAAACACCUGUGUGUGUCUCUCUCUCUCUCCUUCAUGCGGUUUAUUUUACUCACGGUCAUUCCUCAUUUUUCUCCGUUAAAUAGAACCGAGUGAUUGCUUUAUUGUGUGUUGGUGAUUAAUGUGUAAAAAGGUAUAAAACCGUUUGAAAGGUCUGAUCAGUGACUAAGAAUGUACUUGAUGUUUUGAAUCAGAUUAUUUGAACACCACCUCUGUUCGUCUCUCGUAUCCCCUCGUCGUGUUCAAGUUCCACUAGUUGGCCAGAAUCAGAAUCAGAUUUAUUGACACAAGGAAUUUGGUUCCAGCAGUUUGUGACUCUGAAAGGUGCAGACACAAAUAACACAAUACUAUACUUUACCAGAGCUGUAGCUGAACUCCUAAACCCCACAUUCACGGUCGUUUAUUCAGUAAAGAGAUGCAGUACUUGUAACGAUCGCAUUAAAGUUUACUUGAGGUUGACUUUCAGUAGCUACAAGUAACUGUGCGAAAAAUAUUUAUGAUGUAAAAAAAAAAUGUAUCUAAAUUCCUCAGAUUUGUUUUACUUAUUUAGUUUGGUUCUGCUCACUUUAUGUAAAUGCCCUUGAACGGUAAUGAGGAUAUGUAAAUGAGAAGCUGCGUCUCAUCCAUGUAUCGCUCCUGUUUACCUUCUUGGCAUAUUUUUGGUGACAUUGUCCUCUCAGCGAAGGAGAUCUCUUUGUAAUUAUUGUGUACGAACAGUGUGAUCAUGACGGAUAAUUAUACAGAGUAAUGCUC